GCACAGGUAUGGGUACAGACUACUGAGAGCUAGCUCAUCGAUCAAGUGAAAUUGAAAAUGAUUGUUUUGGACAGAAGAAAAUUCAAAUAUGGUCAUUUUGGUAGCGAUCUCGUGUCUCAUGCUUUAUUAUCGGACACGGUCGAGUUUCUUCUUGAUGUCUGGUGUAGUUUUACUGACGUUGAUGUUAGUGUCUGAAGCCGAAGGAGCUACAUUCAACCCGUUUGAGCCAUGUAACAGAAGCCCAUUCAACCAAGGGAGUCUGGUUCAAGGUCAGAAGACAUGCCCGGGACCCUACUGCGGCAGGGUUCAGCUGCUAAACACAAGCACUAAUGAUUCAUACGGACCAUGUGGGGCAUGCCCCCGCGGUCAACGUGGGAAUGCCAUGUCUAUCUGUGAGCCCUGCACAUCGGAGCCCCUGUUCUACGAUUGGCUUUACAUUGGCUUCAUGGUCAACUUGUCGCUUGGAUUACAUCUUUUCUUCAUUGACUUCUUCUCCAAGGGAUACCGUGCUUUCUUACUACAUGGAGCAGCAGUAGUGGAAUGCAUCUUGGCAACUUUGAUGACAUUACUUCUCAUAGAACCCAAAGGCAGCCUGACUAUCCAUGCUUGUGGAGUUCAGACGCUCUCAGAUUGGUACACAAUGCUCAACAACCCGACACCAGACUACACGAGAACACUGCACUGUACCCAGGAAGCCGUCUAUCCAUUGUACACGGUGGUGUUUGUGAUCUACACAUUUGAGCUGCUGCUGAUGAUGUUGUUCCGACCAUUAUUGUCCGUCAAACUCUGCAAGAAUCAGGGAAGGAACUCCAUCUAUGCUGCACUGUACUUCCUGCCUUUGCUGGUCCUUCUCCAUGCGCUGUGUGCAGGGUUAAUAUACUACUCCUUCCCUUACAUCCUGAUCAUUUCAUCCCUCCUGAUGCAUGCAGUCCACUUUGCCUAUUCAGAAAUUGAGACCCCGAAGAAGCUUGUCUCCAACCUGCGCAACCUGGUGAUUCUCCUGGCCCACUGGUUGUGCCACGCUUAUGGCAUCAUAUCCCUGACGGGACUAGCCGACCCACCCUCCAACCUCCCCCUGCUAGCCUUGGUGGUAGUCCCCAUGGUCUUCUACCUCUCCACUGAGCAGUUUACCGAACCCCACCGAAUCCAGUCUAAUGAGAUCUGAAGGGUUUUGUACCUGUUUUCCGUUGUCUUAUUUAUUUAUUUUGUAACAUGCCAACAUUAAACAGAUUUUGUGCAUGCCUCCGCAAACUCCUCGUGUAUGGCGAGAUGAUGUAUUUGCUCCAAGUAGCGCCCUCUAGAUACAUCUGCUCAAAUAUGCUUUAAUUCCAUAUUAAUUAGGGAAAUUUAUCCGUACUCAAAGAUGUAGAGGUCCUUGAAUUUUCUGAAAAUGUUCUGAAACAUUUGACAUUGGCAGUGAAUUUUGUGUUGUAUAUUAUACAAAUAUUGAGUGGCUCAGAGUGAAAUGGGAGGAAUAUUGUCGCAAGGUAAAAUCUGGACUUUUCCAUAUCACGAGGCGAAGCCAAAUGAACUGGAAAAGUCCGAGCGAUAAUAUUCCUCCCUUUCAGAAGUUUAUGCGGUACCCGCUUCUAUGUACAUCAGAUUCGAACCAGCCAAUCGAUCCCAUUAGCUCGGUGGUCGAGUGGUAAGACAUCUCCCCUAGAAAGCAGGAGGUCGUGGGUUCGAGUCCCACCCGAAUGAUUUUUUUGAACUUUCACUCAGAAGGUAACACACUGAGUAUACAGUGUUUAUACGUCGGCGAAGGGCAAAAACCUCAUUUGAUUUACACCCCGACGCAAAAUUCCAUCUCAUGAAUAGUUACUUUAAUUCCAUUUUAAUUAAGGGAAUUUAUCCGUACUCAAAGAGUUAAUGGUCCUUGAAUGUUCUAAAAAUGUUCUGAAACGUUUGACAUUGGCAGUGUAAUUUUGUGUUGUAUAUUUCACUUUUUGUCGUUAGCACAGAAAUAACAUCAAGUUGUUAGGUUUUGUGAAAUAUGUGAUUUUUUUUCGGGAAUGUGAAUAAAAGCUACCAUUUGCUUGGCAGUAAGAUG